AUGGGACAGGAUUUUCUAGUGGUCAUGAAAAAUAGAGAGCCCAUUUGUUUAUUGUGCGAAGAGACCGGCCAUGCAAAAAAGGAAUGUCCAAAUAGACAACGCAAAACGUCAAUAAGCAGUGAGACUAGAGAUACACAGAGCGACACAAACAAAGACAAGCCACGGAACACAAACAAAAGAAAAUCAGCGGACUAUGACGACAACGCGGUGAGAAAGGCCAGCGGAAACAAAGGAAAAUCAACAGAGUGGAACAUCUAUAGCGACAGCGAAGACAAUACAACAACAAACAGCGAGGUCAGCACAGACGCGUCAACAACACCAGCGACACCGAUGAACAAAGAAACGAAGACAAUGGCAAGUGUGGUACGUGACUCUGGGUGCCCCAGAGAACCAGUAUCGCGAUUGAGAAUGAAAAGAGUAAACACAAGCGAGAGUAAAAGUGACAGCAGCGACAGCCACAGCGACAGUGACAGCCACAGCGACAACGGACGAGAAGCUGAAAGAGAAGAUGUACUGGCGUACAGUCUAAAACCAACACAGGACGAGAAGCUAAAAGAGAAGAGAAGAUGUACUGGCGUACAGUCUAAAACCAGACAGAAAACGGAACUGUUUAAACUGUUCAAAACCAACACAGGACGAGAAGCUAAAAGAGAAGAUGUACUGGCGUACAGUCUAAAACCAACACAGGACGAGAAGCUAAAAGAGAAGAUGUACUGGCGUACAGUCUAA